AUGCCCCAAAUCCCGUCGAGCACGGUGGCGCCGCUCGCCGCGACUGGCGUCACCGUUGGCAGCGUGGAGCGGCUCAUCGCUGCGGGAGGGCGCCGUUUCCGGGCGGCCGCCCUGGAGCUGACUGCACAGUUUCAGGAGGGGCCCGCCGCGCGUUCGCCUUUUCGGCGCAAGCCUGGCCAGUCGGCCUUGCAUGGCACGCCGAGGUUGAUGGGGGGCACGCCCGACCUCAUGCAACGCGAUCCGAGCUCACAUUGCAGCGACUCCGUCGCCUCGUGCCGCCACGAGCUGUCGCCACAGUCUGCGGCGCCGGAUGGGUUCCAGAACGCGAGGGGGAUCCACAUCUUGGGUCAGCCAGGGUGCGGAAGCAGGCGCAGGACAGCGUGUGGCACUGCAGCCGCUGCAGAACGAUCCGGCGCUUCCACGCUGCCUCGCUGCGGUUGCACGAUGACUGGCUGCGAUGCCCAGCAGGAGGAGAUGGUGGCGCUGGGGGCUCUUGGCGCUUACGCCGCGUACCGCGCCACGCGCGCCGCCCAGGCUAACGGCGGCUCCCCGUCCGUCGACGUGGCGAUCGGGGCCGUGGAGCAGGCACUGCGCGGGGCCGUGGCCGGCCGUGCCGGGGCAGAGAGGCUCCUCGCGGGCGCGUGGGCACGAUCGACGAGGAGGCCCCCGCGGCGGCAGGGGCGCGCAUGA